AUUCUGAGUGCAUUUCGACCCCAAGAGUUGAUCUAGUACUAAACAAAUUUCAAUUUGAAGUAAAAAUAAUGCAACGAUUUAGCGUCAUCUUCGCACUUUUCUGCGGAAUUGUUGCAAUUCAAGCAGUUCCAGUAGUGCGACCACUCCCACCAACCAAACCAGAGAAUUAUACAAAGCCGAUGGAUUAUCCUGACUUCGUCAAUCCCGUAUUCGACCUUAAAUUUACUGAGGAACAAAUCAAGGCAAAAUCCGGCCUGCCAGAUGAGCGGUACCGAUGGCGCAAUGGCUUCAUAGUUCAUCCCGACCGUGCUUUCACUCAAUCCGAGUACGCCGUGAUUAAUGAUGCCCUCUACGAAUUAUCUACGCAUUUAUGCAUCCAAAUCUUAAUGUGGCCUCAGGAUUCGAAUCCUACCGGAGAUUACGUCGAAAUUAUGAGGGGUGGGGCAGACUCGGGUUGUUGGUCAUAUUUGGGUCGGUUAGGUGGUCGACAGGAAUUAAAUCUCCAGUAUAACGGAUGCAUCCAUAAAUAUAUCGUAAUCCACGAGUCCAUCCAUGCCCUUGGCUAUGACCAUGAGCAAUGUCGCACAGAUCGGGAUGACUAUGUUAAUGUGCUGUAUGAAAAUAUUAUUCCAGAAUAUCGAUUCGCAUUUGACAUUACGGCUGGUUCUACAACGUUUGGAGUACCGUAUGAUACCGCGUCUAUUAUGCAAUAUGCAAGCACAUCUUUCAGCAGUAAUGGACAGUCCACGAUUGUUACAAAGAGUGGGGCUCAAAUUCCAACCAAUACUGUACUGACGGGAAACGAUAUUGCAAAACUGCAACGUAUGUACAAUUGCUAACGGAAGGAUUAAGGGGCAAUGAUUCCAUGUUUUAAAUACUUAAAUUUUAAAAUGUUCGAAAUUAUUGGCAAGUUAGUCGACCUUUAAACAAAUGCAGUCAUGUUUAUUUUUUUCUAAUAAAAAUUGUGACAACAUAAGCGUCAACUA